AUGAAUAGCAUUCUGGUCAAGUUUUACACCAAGGGCUGCGUUCACCAUGUGGAGGUCAUUAAUUACGCGAAUCGCACGAUGAACUUGAGGCUUUACAAUGUGAACAUUAAGACGUCAGAUGAUGCUUUGGAGCUGGCCAUGUACUUCACUUUCGUCCAAGCCUUCCAAGAGGGGAUGAUGUUGAUGCUGCGGGCCAAGGACCCACGAGCAUUUGAGAAGGACAAGGAGAAUGAGAAGGACAAGGAAAAUGAGAAGGACAAGGAAUGGCAAACUUGA